AUGCCAAAACUACGCGACGGCUCUAGUUUGUGUACGGCAAGAAGUGAAACCGCUCGACGUCAAGUCAUUCGACCCUUCGUGUGCUCAACUUUUAAGGAUUUUCAUGCGGAACGUGACUUCUUGCAAGAGAAAAUAUUCCCUCAGCUAAACAAGAUAUGUAACGAGCGUGGUACGUCGUUUAUUCCCGUUGAUUUGCGCUGGAACAAGAGUCAAUCCCAGCAAAAUAGUGAACAUGUUCUCCGCUUAUGUUUGGACAGUAUCGGACGAUGUGCUCCGUUUUUUAUUUGCUUGUUGGGAGAUAGGUACGGUGUUCAUAGAGCUGCGGAGUCUGAAGUGAAGGAUCCUGCUACAGAAGAAUGGCUGGACAAGAACUUUGAGACGGCUGCUGCUUGUGGAUACGAAUGGUUACUUGAAGAAGACAACAGGUACAGAUCUGAUGAGUUAUUCUCCCAUAGAGUCUCCAUACAUUUCAUUGUAAACCAGUUUAGAGAAUUCAGCUUGUAAGUUUGUCAAUUCUCCUUACUUUAUUGCUGGAUGAUCUGCUCUGAAGGAGAGUCUGAAUAUUUAUCAUUUAAAAUGCUGUUUCUCUCCAUUCGGUUUUAAAAGUAAGAGUGUUAGUAGGGAGAUAAAACUGUUGAGCACUUCUAUGUCUAAGCCCUCCUACUAUAAGAACAUGAGAUUUAAACCUUGUCUGCGGCAAAAAUACUUAAUGGGCACUUCUCUAUCUGUACUUUUGCAAAGAGUAUAGAUUUUAUUCUGUAUUAUAAUAAAAGAAUUAUGAGAGAUCAUGCAACAUGCACUUUGUAGUAUUCAACUUUGUAGCCAGAUAGCUGAAGUCAGAUCUCUUUACUUUUAGAUAUAACAGCAUUACUGAGUUGGAAAUUGUACAAGCAUCCUUCCGUAAGAAAUAUGAUUAUGGUUACUUCUAUUUCCGCAACCCCACCCAUUUGGAGGAAAAGCUUCAGGACAUUGAUCCCAGCCAGAAAGAAAGUGUUUCGACAGUUUACAAGCCAGAGAGUGAAUAUGCUGCAAGGAAACUGAGGGAACUGAAACAACAGACCAUUGACACAGGUUUGUGAUGUCAGUAUUUUACUAACUGACACAGCUAAAUACUAACUUGUACUUCUUUUCCUCCUCUGUGACUGGUUAGGAUUGGUUCCUGUCAUCAAAAAAAUGGUAGUAACAGGGGUGAUAUAGGGAAGGGGUAGGGGUGUGCAUCCUCCUCCUCCAUUGUUCUCUCAGUCCCAUCAUGCUAUGGAAUCCGAGGUUUAUCUCUGGCUGGAUCAGUGUCACCCACCUACUGACCAGUACCAGUCUUCAUCAAAAUUAAAAGCGUGGAGGGUGGAUUGGGGAGGAGGGAGGGCUUUGUAGCUCUAAUUUUUUAUAGAAUUACCAAAACCAUGAUCAAAAUGAACCUUUUUAAUUAACUAAAGUACACAUACAUAUCAUAGUUAUGAGAAAAUUAUCAAGGAAUUCUUGUGAGUCUUUGAUUAUUCUUAUGCCUUUGUUCCUUUCUGUGAAAUGUCACUGUGCAAGUUUUACAAACUUCACAAGCAGCUUGCAAGCCUCUGGGAAGGGUGUUGACCAAGACCCCUUGUAGCUCUCUUUACUCGUCAGCUUGAGUCACGUAGGCUUCUCCACUACUCCGCUUAUUAGGCUCUGCUUGAGCCUGCUUACAGGCCUCAAAUUAAAUUUCUUGAACAAGCUUUUUGUAUUUUUAAUAAUUAGGUAGCUAUUCAAGUGACUGUGGCAGAAAUUUCUCCCAUUCAAUGUAUGCUACAGAGAUGGAAUAAGCCUGUCAUUAUUCAAAUCAGUCUCAUAUAAUACUAAUAUUAAUAUUAUUUUUUAUCCAUCAGAGUUGCCCGUACGCCACUAUACAACUCUAGAGGAGCUAGGUGAUCUGUUGAUCAAAGAUUGGAUGGCAGUCAUUGACUUGUUGUACCCUCCGAUCGAUCCACAUGUGUUCAGGAGCACAGAAUCAGAAGUCUUCCGUGAGUGGUCUGCUCACGAGGCCUUUGCUGAGGCCCGACGACAAGUAUUUGUGAGGACACCAAGGAUCAGAGAGAUGGUAGAGGUGCUUAGCCUUCAUGCGGAGGUUGAACAGGGAAUUAAGAGAAGGAGCAGUAUGAUGGUACCUUCUGCAGUACUGGGGACUUUCAUGACUAGUCUUCCUGGCAGUGAGAAGGAGGCCCUUCCACCUGUGUUGGUGCUUGCAGGUACAUAAAAAGACUAUAUUUCAAUUAACAAAGUCAAGAAAUUUGAUUUUUUUUUGUGGUAUAAAACUACCAUUAGACUGAGAUACUGAGUAAGAUAGCUGGGCACAAAAGAGGCUCUAACAAACCAAGAUGUUACAAAAGUGGAAAAGGUUGAGAUGGUCACAUAAUUAACCUAAUUGAGGCCAAAAUUUUCAAGAUACACAUUCUGUUACUUUUUGCUCUUUUAACCUUUUAACCUCUAAGAGUGAAUCAAAACAUGAGUGUUACGAGAACAAAGGAAAUGACCAUAAACUCAAAGCUCCAAUACAUUUAUUGAAAUGUUUUUUAUCAGCUCGUUGGGAAAUUUAUAGAGAACAGUAUGGAGAAUAUGCAUACUGACUUUAGGGUGUAAGCUUAGGGUUUAGUGGAAAGGCUGAUCACCAACUACAGAAGUUUUUGAUUGUUAAAGAAAAACUCAUUGUCAGAACCAUAGGAAAUUUUUAGAGAGAACAUUGUGGAGAAUACACAUACUGAUAUUAGGAUUUAGAGGGCUAAGUCAGCACUUUUGACACGUUUUCUAAUCCUCUGAAUCUGACUGAAUGUAUAGUUACAUGUCUCUUUUUUGUUGUUGUUUUGUUUUCAUCACUUUUUGUAAUAUUGCAAUUAAUACUGCUGGUAAAAAAGUCUUUCUAAACAAAACCUUUGCUGUUUUUAGGUGAGAGUGGCUGCGGUAAAUCUACCCUCGUUUCCCAUUGGCUCAAACUGAUCACUGCUAGUCAUCCCCAACUCGUCACCAUUCCUCACUUUGUCGGCUGUGAUUCCGGUAGUACUGACGUCACCAACUUCAUGCGUCGCUGCACUAGUGAACUGCGGCUUCAUUACCUUGAUUCCAACCUCGAUGACUCCAACGACAUUAAAGAUCUCAGCGACUUCACGCGUGUCACUGAGGCGUUUAGGGCGGCUUUAACGCUUGGGCCGUCUGUCAUUGUUUUAGACGGAGGAGACCACUUGGGGCACGCUUUGGACGUUCCCGCAUUUACAGUAAAAGAGAUGCAAUGGCUUCCAUCCUGCGUUCCAGUCUCCUGCAGAGUCAUUAUUACUACGACCAAAUCUGAUAUGACCUAUCGUGCUCUCUCACAGCGUAAAGAUGUCAACUGCAUCGACGUGCCUCAUUUGUUUGAUGUUAGAGGAAAGACUGACCUGAUAAGGGAGUAUGUAGGAUCGAACUACAAUUUUUUAGACUCAUCCCGGAUUUCUAAGAUUACUUCCUCUAGCCUGGCGCAUCUUCCGUUAUAUUACGUUGCACUGGCUUGUGAAUUGCGUGUUUUUGGUGCGCACAAGAACGCCGAGAAGUUAUUGGAGUCAUAUAUACACGCGUCAACCCUAUUUGAUUUGUGGAGUUUGAUAUUUCGUCGUUGGACCCACGAGUACGGUUGGUUGCGUCCAGCGGUUUCUAGAGGCCCUGUUCCCGCCAUAAAGGCGCAGGUGUCGCGUGAUCGUAUGAAUAGUGGCUGGGUGGCUGACGUGCUAAGGCUCUUUGUCCUAUCACGUGAGGGUUUAUCUGAACACGAGGCUUUAAGCGCCUUAAUGAUCAUGGGAUACGUGAGGAACUAUGAAGUAACUAAGGCUCAUUGGGAAAUGCUCCGUUUGAUUGCAGAACACGUGCUUAUUGAAAUGCCGUCUGGGUUGUUGACUUUCCCUCACCAGUCCGCUCGCGGUGCCAUAGAAAUUGCCCUGCUGGGUAAUCUGACCUCCCCAUCCCAGGAGCGCCCGGUCUCACCCCUAUUUAAAGGGAGCUGGGAGCGACAGAAACAGCAGGGUCACACAGUUCUCACGAGUCUCUUUUCCACACAGCCUUCAUCCGGGCGCACGGUGGACGAAUUACCAUGGCAACUCAACAUGGGUGGAAACAUGGAGGCAUUGUGUAAAACGAUUUGUGAGCCGAGGGUAUUCGUGAGGCUCCUAAACUCUUCAAGUGAAAAACGAAGAAAAAUCGAUCUUCAGUCAUACUGGAGAGUUUUAAAAAAGGCGAAUCGGAAGCCUGAAGAGGUUCUCUAUCAAAUGGCAAUUCAAUCGUCAGAGAGACUGCAAGAUGAAUCCAAGGAAGUUACUACUCGAGAAGUCGGAUCUGCCUCGUCUAAAACGAACGAUUCUUCGGCCAUUGACAAGUUAUGCCGAAAGGCGAACGAUGAUGCCUUGUCUCAACUCGAAAUAGCGCUCGUGCACUAUUUCGCAGGGAAAUUCCUGGGAGAAAACGGUCACGAUCAGAUGGCACACACCCUUCUUUUGAACGCCUACAAGAUGGCUUAUCCCGUGAUCUCAGUAAAGGACAUUUACUUGAUGUGCGAUAUACAGGAGUCAUUGGGGAAUUUUUAUCUUAAACUGUCUGAGCCGAGCAAGGCGGCGUUUUGGUUUAACGGUGCAUUUAAGUCUGCAGGGGAAAUGGCUCGUACUUCCGAUUUGGUGAGACGCUUUUUCUAUCUUCAAUACUCUAAUUUUUGAAACAACAUUUGAAAGUGAAAGUUAGUUCUACCUUGUACAGCACAUUAAACAGUACCACAUGGUAGUACUGCAACUAAAGUUAUAUUUUACGACUAACUUAUCUAGCAUAAGAAGAAGCUUUUCUGCCGUAGCAUAGUGUUUAAAGGUUGAGCAUGCGCGAAGAGAUCAGUUCUGGACAACCAGAAGCCAAUUUCCCGCGCAAACAAUUCAAAGGAAAAAAACGAGAAACGACCAAAACAAGUGAAAGAAAAUUGAAAUUUUUCAUAGAAAUUUGGGAAUGGAAACAAUAGUAGGGAAAAGGAACCCAAGAGACUUAUCGAAGAGAAAGCUUAUUUAAGUAAGGGUUCCCUAUUGAUUUACUCUUCUGUUUUGAGCUCUACCAAGAAAGUUAUACGCUUUUAAAACACCGUGGCUUACUGGCUUGAGCGUUUGUUUGUUACUCGUGAAACACCUUGAUUCUAAGAGCUGGAAAGCAUACUUAAUCAACGUUUUCGCAUGCGCAGACGUUUAACAGCUGUAUUAUAUGCAGUAGCUUUCAACUAUGGCUUAGGGUUUUACCGAAAUAUCAAUGCCAGGUGAAAUGCCUCACUUUCUAAGGAAUUACCUCCUGUUAGUUAGUUUGAUUCGUUUAUGGUUGUAUUUAUUGGCUUCCAGGUUGAACACGAAGCUCUGAUUGGUCGUCUUCUGAAUUAUAUCGCACUCUGCCAGUUACCGAGUCACGUGCCUCUCCCACCGGAAGUCCACAGCCGAUCACGAGCGCCUACUCGAAGUGGAAGAGUGAAGACACCGAAUUCCGGAAGAGAACGAGAAAAGACAGAGGAGAUGGGAUCAGAGAACAUUGGCACCAUCUUGGAUGAAGCACUGAGGCAUAUGAAAAUUGCUCAAAUGUUUCCUGGUAUGUCCUUAACAGGGAAUUAAUUGGUAUUUACUUAGUCCCCAUGCAGAACUGUUUCGACGUUGCCUUGUACUUUUACACUGAUUGACAGCCCUGAUCCUUCUUUUAUACGACAGUAAAGCUCAAAUUUACCACUUUUAUCUUUUUUAAACUGUCUUAGGCCAAAGCAGCGUUUAUUCUCAUAUGGGAUUGUUAGCUGCAAGGCAGAGGCGAAGGGAAGACGCAGAGUCCUUAUUCCGCAAAUCGCUCAGUAUGCGCGAACAGUGGUACGGCUCGUGUCAUCCACUGGUUGCUGAGAUUUAUGAUGCAUUGGCCUCGCUUUCAUGUUCAGACGCAGCAGAAUCCCCGGAUGUCGCCACAGCGGAGGAAAUGUUUCGCCGAGCUUUGCACAUGCGUGAAGAUCUCUUGGGACAAUCACAUUUACUGGUCGCGAAUACAUUAUUCAAGUUAGGUAAGUGCGAAGUUAUUGAUGGGUUCGAUAUAUGGACUUCAAAGCUUCUACCAUGAAAGUUUUAUGGCCACCACCUCUCAGCUUUUCGCCUCCCGGAUGGGAGGCCAAUCCACAUCUUGUAGAAGUUUCAAAGCUGACGUUUCUAGCGCUAGCACUUCGCUGGCCAAUUUGUUAUCAACUCAAUUUCCUUGUUAUGCUCUCCCACCGACGCAGCACCACAGUUUCUUAAGAAACUCAUCCCCUUUACUCACCUCUUGUGAGGUUUCUUAACAAUUUAUCGGAACCCCUUCCCCCUCCUGGGUGUGUCUCGUCCAACUACUCAAAUCAAUGACCUCACAUAGGACUGGAGCCAAGAGCUUUCAAUACGUGGUCUACUUUGUGGACUUCAACGUAACUUGGAUUUAUUAACGAAUCCUGUUUAGCUUUGGCUGACUGAGUCAGUUUUACUUUUAUUUUUAUUGUUUUUGUUUUCCGACGCAGUUUUACCACAUCAGCCGAAAUUUUAUAGGCUCUUCUUUCUCAAUUUCCAGGGAAGCUUCUUCAAGCUAAAGGCACGAAAGAUGCUAUAAGAGAAGCAAAGUUACUUUUCCAGCGCGCAUUGGACAUACGUACGUCAGAACAAGGCGUUUAUCACGCAGAGACCAAGACAAUCAGACGCGCACUCAUGUCCCUGGAAACUGUUGAUGUAGGCGCCAAGUUUAGUGGAAAAGGAAGCGGGAAAGAGAAAGAGCUGCUUGCUUUAGAAGGCGUCAGAAGUCGACCGUUAACUAAGGCGUCUUCGAGAGUUGAUUUCCGCCAGGCCAGUGCGUCUCAAUAUUGAUUCUGAGUUCUUGCUAUCGUCAAGGUUUGGUUUCCGGUAGGAAACUGCUCAGCAGCUGCUACGUACGUCCCAUUGUCACUGAAUAAGGAUUGUCAUGAGGGAACAAACUUACGUAACCUUCACAACGACCUGACCCUCUUUAAAAUGUGAAAAUUCAAGCUCGAGUUCAAUUUUUCUACAUGUACGAAUCAGCCAACAAAACAACAGUAGUACUUAUUUUGCCUCAGCGAAAAUUUAACCAGGAAACCCCAACUAACAACGUUUCCAGGAUCUCUCGUCUUCCCCAUAGAGCGAGACCCUGGGUGCGAAGUAGAACUGGCUGGAAUUGUUAACAUCCCUCCCCCCCCGUAAUAUUACUUGUAUGUCUUGUUCAAAUCUUUCACAAGUCAAGGAAAUCGAAUGUAAUUCAAGAUGUACAUACUCAAGACAGUUUCAUAUAAAUGAAUUUUUAUUAACCUUGUCUAAAACUAUUCUUUUCAAGAAUGCAAU